AUGGUUUUGAAACCGGUUGAUCAUUUAUCAGAGCUCAGUGAGCUGUUGAAUUACACAAGUAUUAUGUUUUUCGAGGAACCCCAUGAAGAAUGGUAUGCGAAAGAUGCUGAUUGGACGCCCGCCGGUUUGAAGCUUUUUAAAAAUGGUAACUACAUCACAUCACAGUAAAAUUGGCAAGAAUUUUUGUAGAAUCCACAGUGCCUCAGGAGAUUUUACAAAAACCUCUUCGAAUUUGGAAAGGGUAUGAUCAAAUUAUAGUGUCUAGAACAUUUAUUGAAUCAAUUUUUGAAAAAUUGAAUCUGGAGGUGAUUAUGAAUUUAUUUGAUCAGAGAAAGGUAGGUAUCAUGAACCACCAGGUUUCUGUUAAUUCAAAUUUUUUAUUGAAGUUCUAUGGUGUUGAUGAGAUGUUGCUUCAAACAUUGUAUCGAAACUAUCUUGGAUUAGAAGGUCAACCAACAUCGAGUUGCAAUAAUUUGGUUCCAGAUACAAUUGAAAGAUGGACAGAUUGGAUUUACAGAGGGACAGAUGGAGAAUUCCAUCCAAAUUGUAAAUCAAAGUUUGAAAGACAUUGGAUUUGUAUAAUGGGAGUGGAAUAUUUGAAAGAUUUUACUGAAACUAGUUAUGUGAUUGGCAACAAGUUUCUAGAAAAUUAUGACGUUGGACCAGUUGUCUGCUUGAAAGAAUUGUUCCAGCUGAAUAAAAUCAAAAAGAGGAUAACAAGAAUGGAACUUCAAAACUAUCCGCAAUUUCGAGAAAUGGAGAUGAAGCAUUUUGGGACUUAUGACAAGAAUAGUUUCAAGUGCGAUAAUGAUCGUAAUCUCACAUAA